AUGCUUCUAUUAAUAAAUAUUAUUGCUUGUUCUUAUAAUAAUUACAAUUAUGAAAAGAAAUUAACUACGACUAAGCAGGUCUCUAAUAAUUCAAGUUAUUGUGUAGAUCAAAGAUUUAAUGAACUAGAACAAAAUAGUCAUAAUUUUACAAAUGUAAAUAAAUCGUCCGUUUUUUUAGGAGAACCAGAUUGUACAUUUUUUAAUGAUCUUUCCAAAACGUGUAAUCAACAAAAACAGUGUACAACCGAACCAUUAAAUACUAGUGGUGCACAGUCACUAAAUUUUAAUACAGCUGAAAGCCAUUCCGAUGACACAUAUUUAAUUAACCAACAUAAAAAACUCGUACAGUACAACGGCCUUCUAAGUUAUUUAAUUGCUAAAUGGUUUAAACUUGAUUCUAAGUUUAAUUAUAAAAACUAUAGACUUCAAAUGUUAAGAGGUAAUUUUUCCAAAUCGUAUGAUGAAUAUGUAUUACUUACAAAUAAAUGGGAAUAUUGUUGGAAACAAAUAGCAUUUGAUUAUGGAACUAGAUUUAACACUUUAGUUAAAACUCUAAAGAUGGCACAAAAUAUUACGGAUAUUAUAACAGGAUAUAUAAGGUUUUUACAAUUAUUAUCUAAAAACUGUAUGAGUUUAGCAUCAACUAAUUUCAGGGAGGAUAUUUAUUAUAAAGAAAAAAUUAUUACACUCCUGUAUAAUAGAGAGAAAAUUAAAAUAUUGCACGACAGAUUUAACUUAAAAAAUAUAAUAGAUACUAUAAGUUAUCUCUUAAAUAUAAAAGCAGUUAAUUCUGGACAGAAAACUUUGGUUUUAGAUAUUUUACGAUCAAUUUGGUUAAGUAUUUCUAAGGCGGAAGAAGUUUAUAAAGAAAUUAUUGUUUUUAACUGUUUUCAAGUAAAGUUAAAUCAAAAAUAA